AUGACGGAAGCAUAUAUUAAUUUGAAAAGGAAACUUGAAGAGCUUGGUUAUAAUAAUGCUUUACCCGUAGAUGCCGUAAAUUUAGUAGAAUGUAUUUUGGCUGAUUUGUUACAAACUACUCGAAGCCUCCAGCAUUAUAUGAAGGUCUCUAAAGAAGCUUUACUGCAGAGAGAUACGUUACUAUCUGAAUUAGAGCCAUAUAAAUGCGAUAAUGCUAAAUUAAUACAAGAAAACAAUCAACUUCACCAUGAUAUAAUUCGGUUGAAAGAGGAACACUUGAAAAUUUUACGGGAAACUCAAAGGAAAAUUAAAACACUAUCAGAUGAAGUCAUCAAAAAAGACAGUAUUAUAAGUAAAUUGCAGCAUGAUGUGAGAGAUUUAAGUUUAAGAGGUUUAUGUGCUGAAACACUUAGCAGCAGAAACCGAAGUAAACGAAAAGAUGCUGGUGACAAUGAAGCUUCAAAAAUCUGUGUAUGUCAUGAUAAAAGUAAUUUUGAUAAAGAUUUGACAGAAAAAUUAAGAAUGAUUCAAUCAUUGCAAGAACAGGUAGAUUCUUACAGUGACGAAAUACAUUUACUUAAAAAUCAAGUUCAACAUAGAGGUGAUGAGAUCACACGACUAAAAGGACUCUUAGAAGGAGGUAGGCCAUUUAGUGCAAUUACUAAGGAAUAUUAUGGUGAUAAACCGGAGGAUAAAAUAUUAUGCUUCAAAAAACAGUUUAAAGAACUAGAAAACUGUAAUGAAGCAUUAAAAAAAGAACUUGACAAGGGUCUUGAAAAACAACAUGAAGCUAUGCUGAGAGCUCUGGACCUUGCUGAUAAAAACAAAGCUUUAAAAGAUGAAUUACACAAAAUGGAUACUUUAGCAUUGAAAGUAGAAGAUGAUUGUAAUAAAAGGCUUAAUGAAAUGACAAAUGAAAUUAUGCUUUUACAGAACAAAAUUGAGAUCUUAACAUUAAAAAAUUCUAAAUUAGAAAAAAGUUCAUCAGAUUGUCAGUCUAUAAAAAAAUCCGAAAACUACCAAAUAUACAACGGUGAUAGCAAUAACAAUGUUCUAUACAAUGAAAUAAAAGACUUAAUGCAGUCACACAUAAACUUAUUGGAAAAGAUUUCAUCUUUAUCUCAAAACACAAAAUAUCAUCAACAUGAUAAUAGAAAUUCAGAUUUUAGUCCAAAAUGUCUCACAAAAACAGACUUGCAAAACAUGUUACAAGAUGAGAGGCAAAAAUAUGAAAAGCAUAUAAAUAGUAUUCAAGAAAAACUAAAUGAAACUAUUAAUUUGUUCAGCAAUCAAUGUAAAAAUCCUAAAUCUAUUAGCCCUACUUCUGAUAACUCUUUCAUUAGAGACCUACAUGUGAAGUUAUGUGAAAGUGAGCAAAAAAUUUUAUUGUUAAAAAAGGAAAAUGACGACUUGAAAAGGAUAACACUUCUUCAAGACGAAGGUAACAAGAAUAAUUACAAAGAAAUUAUAAAGCAUUUGAAUUUAGAAAAUAGUGAACUAUCAAAAGAAAAUAUAGAACUGAGCAAACAAAUAAAUCAACUAAAAACUAAUGGAAAAGAAUGUAACCGAAAUAAUAACUACAUAGUUGAACAAAAUAAUAAACUGCAGAAACAAGUAGAUAUGUUAACAAAAGAAAUAAAUUCACUAAGAAAGGAUAGCCAGGAGAACACCAUGCGUUAUAAAGACAUUUUGGAUGCAUGUGAUAGACUGAAAAGAGAUUUAGUAUUAAAGCAAAGACAAAUUGAUCAAUUAGAAGAAGAAAAUUCCUCCUAUAAGGUUACAAAUAGAACAGGAAAAGCAUCAAGUGAAAGAUUAAGAGAAGAGUGUUGCACAUUAAGAGAACAAAUAAAAAAAUUACAAAGUGAUUUAAUAAAAGAAAAGACUGUUGCUAGUCAAAUUAGAAAUUUGCAGUUAGAAACAGAAAGAAGUACUACAGAGUCACAAAGUGAACUGUUAUGUACUCAGAGAAAACUAAGUAAUGCUAAAGAUGCUAUUGAAACUCUGGAAAGAAAAUGUAAAGACUAUCAAGCAGAGAUCUGUGUGCUUAAAAGUGAUAAAUCCAAUUUAAUAGAUAAUAUUAAAACGAUGGAUAAAGAACGUGACAGACUUGUUUUAGAAUUAGAUCAAAAAACUGAAAAUGUCAGUAUGUUAGAUCAAAAGUUGAAAUCUCAGCUAUAUGACAUCAGUAAAUUAGAAGGCGAACUUUCUGAUCUGCAACGUAAAUUUAAUUUGAGCAAGAUUUCUGAACACAAAAUCACCGAUUAUGAGUCACAGAUUUCUUUUCUGAACGGCGAAAUACUAAGGUUGACCCAGCAGUGUGAUACAGCUGCAAUAGAAAAUAAACACUUGCAAAAUAGUCUAGCAGAUGCUAACGGAUCUCUUAAGAUAACAAAAAUUGAAUUAGAAAAAUCAAGGAGAGAGGUGGAUGGUCUUAAGCAACAAUUGCAACAUUAUGUCGCUGAAAUAAGGAGGAUAGAAGAACUUCUGUCACAAAAGGAAGCUGAAAGAUCAGAUAUGCUUGAACACUUUGCAAGUUUAUCAGUUGAAGCAAAUAUUUUAGAGAACACCAACCAUUCAUUAGAAAGUGAAUCAGCAUCAAAAUCGUUACAACUGCAGUCAUAUAUUUCUAAAAUACAAUGUUUAGAAGAAAAAGUAAUUGAUAAAGACAAACUUAUUGAUAGUCAAGCAGCGAGAAUUGCUACCUUGACAUGUAAUAUAAGUUCUAUGGAGCAAGAAAUACGAUUAAUUACCGAAGAAAAAUCUGUUUUAGAACAGAAUGUACAUUACCUUAAAAAGAUGUGCCAAGGUCUUCAAGUUAAUCAAAAGGCAAGUAUAAAUGAUACAGAUUCAGAGUUAAAACUUUAUGAAAGCAGAAUAAGAAAUCUUUCUAAUGCAAAAGAAAAACUAGAAUUGGAAAGAAAGGAGUUAACAGAGAAAAUAUUAACUACAGAAAAUUUGUUAACAAAUGCAAGAAAAGAAAUUAUUGAAUUAAAAUUAGCUUUGCAAGAUGCUACUACAGAAACUAAAUCAUUACAAGAGCGUGUGAGUACAUUUAAUAGGAGGGAAUCAGAUAGUGAGAAUGCUAUUUCAAGAGAAGAAUUGGAAUUACCACUUAUUUUAGACUCAACAAUACAUGAAGAGAGUAAUGAAGAUGAUAGUACACAUUUUGAACACAACAGAUACUCCCCUCUAUUCAGACACGGAAGUACCUUAUAG